AUGAGUUGCGCUGAUCGCUCCGCAUCCUUGCGGUGUGCGUCUGGCUCGAGCAUUUGGCCCGAUCGCAUAGCUCCGACUUCGCCCAAGGACGGACCCAGCCCCUCCGAAGCUAUGAAGCUCCUUGCCGACCAGGGUGCCGCCAGCUUCGACAAGGUCGCCGAGUGCUACAGUGGCCCAGAGCAGAGCGUGUGGGAGCUCGUCAUGGGCAAGCAGAUCGACAUCGGCGGGGCUUCCUCGACGAUGGAGGUUGCUCAAAAAGCCGGCGUCGGCCCAGGCAUGAAGGGUGUGGACCUGAACUGCAACAACGGCGGGGGCAUGCGCUGCCUGGUGCGCCUCUGCGGUGUUGAUCAGAUGGUGGGCGUAGACCUAGCGAAGUCCGUGGUGGAGACCGGCCGUGUCCGCACAACAGAGGAAGGCCUCGAUGGGAAGAUCAGCUUUAUCAACGCGAACUCCUUGGAGAACGGCCUUCCAGAUGCCUCGGCAGACUUCGUCUACAGCAAGGAUGCUUGGUGCUACAUGCCCGACAAGCAGCUCAUCGUGGAUCAGGCUGCUCGCAUCGUGAAGCCGGGAGGCAAGAUCUUCUUCACCGACUGGAUGGAGGGUGAGAACCUUUCGGACGAGGAGGCGCAGCGCUUCCUGGGGCUGAUGACCUUCCCAGCCAUUCCGACAGUGCAGGAGUAUGCUGCGAUGUUGGAGAAGGCCGGUUGCACGGUGCAGGUCGCCCAGAAUAGCGGCCGCUUUUCGCCAGCCAUGGACUGCUACACUUACAUGCUGAAGUACCAGGCCGUGUACGAUGCCAAGAAGCUCCUGGGCUGGGACGAGAAGGCGUACGAGAAGCUGAUCUCGGACUUCGAGUUCAUGGCGAAGUUGGCCAAGGAGGGCAAGAUCAUCCAGGGCAUGUUCGUGGCAACCAAGAAGUGGGAGCAGGUGCGUGGGGCAGGUGUGGGGCUGACAGGCGCCACCAGCUUCGACAAGGUCGCGGAGUGUUACAAUGGCUCAGAGCAGAGCGUGUGGGAGCUCGUCAUGGGCAAGCAGAUCGACAUCGGCGGGGCUUCCUCGACGAUGGAGGUUGCUCAAAAAGCCGGCGUCGGCCCAGGCAUGAAGGGUGUGGACCUGAACUGCAACAACGGCGGGGGCAUGCGCUGCCUGGUGCGCCUCUGCGGUGUUGAUCAGAUGGUGGGCGUCGACCUAGCGAAGUCCGUGGUGGAGACCGGCCGUGUCCGCACAACAGAGGAAGGCCUCGAUGGGAAGAUCAGCUUUAUCAACGCGAACUCCUUGGAGAACGGCCUUCCAGAUGCCUCGGCAGACUUCGUCUACAGCAAGGAUGCUUGGUGCUACAUGCCCGACAAGCAGCUCAUCGUGGAUCAAGCGGCUCGCAUCGUGAAGCCGGGAGGCAAGAUCUUCUUCACCGACUGGAUGGAGGGUGAGAACCUCUCGGACGAGGAGGCGCAGCGCUUCCUGGGGCUGAUGACCUUCCCAGCCAUUCCGACAGUGCAGGAGUAUGCUGCGAUGUUGGAGAAGGCCGGUUGCACGGUGCAGGUCGCCCAGAAUAGCGGCCGCUUUUCGCCAGCCAUGGACUGCUACACUUACAUGCUGAAGUACCAGGCCGUGUACGAUGCCAAGAAGCUCCUGGGCUGGGACGAGAAGGCGUACGAGAAGCUGAUCUCGGACUUCGAGUUCAUGGCGAAGUUGGCCAAGGAGGGCAAGAUCAUCCAGGGCAUGUUCGUGGCAACCAAGAAGUGA